AUGGACAGCCCUUUGCCAGUACCCACCAAGCUUGUCAACUUUCUAGCACAGGAUCCAGCCCUACAGGACCAGUUUCAGGGCGCUGAUAUUGCUACAUGUACUUUGGCAGGGAUUUCGGAAAUCCUAUUAGGCGAUCCGACUAGAACUUUUAACCCUCCUGCUACAACGUCUGCACCAGCAGAGAUAUCAGUUCAACCGACAGCAACAGAAACUAAGACUUUACCGGCAGCAUCUUCGUCAAGACCACCAGUCUUUUCCAGUGUUCCAGGCAUGAAUACCUACCUCUCGACAACGUAUGCUUCGACGUCGAAGCAUAUAACCAAACAAGGUUGUUUGAGAUGCGAUACGAAUCCCGGGGACCUACCUAAAAACCCAAAGCCUACAGAACAGGAUCCCAGUACGAACAAGAUCAACGGUGAUCCGGUUCCCACCCAAUCGCCCGAUCCAGAGAGCGACGACACACCAAAGCCAAACGAUAAGCCAAAGACCGACGACAGCCCGAAGACUAACGGCAAACCUCAGGAUCAGCCCCAAAAUACUGCAAAACCAGAUGUCAAAACGACGCCAAGUGUACCGGACAUCAUCAACUCAAUCGUCUCUGAUAACCCUAGCCUUACAAGGAUACCGCAAGAGCAGCCCACAGGCUCAGGUCAGACUGUCACCAUCGGCAACAGCGAAGUCGCUCUCAACCCCCAACCAUCCAAGCAGAGCCAAGGUGAACCCAAUCAACAGACCGUUGCACCUACGGUGGUUGUGAUUGGGACUCAAACGGUCACUGUUGGUCAGACGACGACAAUCAACGGUAUUCCUGUCGUUGUUCCCACUGCUGGAGGAGGUUCCACAAUCAUAGUUGGCGACAAGACCAUCGGCAUCAACCCUCGGAUAACACAACUGCCAUUGCCGGUUGUCACCGUGGGACACAACACCAUCACGGCAAACUCGCAAGGACAGUUCGUCAUAGGCACACAGACAUUACAACUAGGUGGACCCGAGCUCACCAUCAAUGGUAACACACUCACACUAGGUCCGAAUGGCAAGAUCGCAAUCUGGAACAGCGUCACACAGACACUUGCAACCAUGGUUGGUCCGUCUGGGGCUCCCACCGUGAGCUUCGGUGGACAAUCCAUUACUGCAAAAGUUAUUGGCGGUACCACAGUAUUCGUUCUCAAUGACAAGACCCUUGCACCAGGCGGCGCGGUCACUGUGGAUGGUACAACCUUCAGUCUCCCAUCCGGCUUCCAUGGCUCCAGCGUUGUCAUUAAUGGGCAGACGCAGCGCCUCAAUGCUGGCCUCCCUGCCCUCACUAUCAACAACUCACCCAUCACAGCGACCGUAGCAGACGGCACCACCGCAUUUGUUCUUGCGCCUGGCGAAACGCUAACACCUGGAGGUGUUCUUAUCAUCAGCGGCACAACGUACAGCCUCCCCACAUCCGGCGCUGGCUCAACCAUCGUCAUCAACGGCGCAACGUCUCGCCUCAAUCCGUCACACCUUCCUGUCCUUCCACUCAGUGGUGAAGCUGCAACCGCAACUGUUGCCCACGGCACUACAGCAUUUGUAUUCGGCCCGGGCGUAACGCUAACCCCCGGCGGCGUGGUCACCGUCUCAGGAACCACAUUGUCCCUCCCUGUAUCCGCGUCCGGAUCCGUUAUUGUCAUCAACGGCGUCAUGUCCACGCUUGGUCCUGGGCCAGGCAUAGAAUCUCCAACGUCCGCACCGCCAAUACGCGUAGACGGAAAGACGAUUACAGCAACGACAAGAGAUGGAACGACAGAAUACGUGCUCAACUCUGCGACCACGCUCAGGCCAGAUGGGCAGAUAAUCAUCGAUGGGACGACGUACAGUCUUGUACCAGGCGGUACGGCGUUGGUCAUCAACGGCAAGACGAGCAUCAUUUCCAGUACGCCGGCGAGCAACAGCGCGAGUACAACAAGCAGUGCAAGCAGUGCAAGCAGCUCUUCUACAACAAGUGAGCGCGGUGCCGGUGAUUUCAUCGCGAGUGGAAUCGGCGAGUCGAGUAAGGCACUGGGAAGCUGGACAUACGGUGGGGGAGCCGAUAAAUGGGUGGAGAGCCUCGUCAUGGGCGUAGCUGGGUGGUUGUUGUGGAUGAUGUGA